GUAAAUAAGGAGCGUCAGUAAGGUACUCUCUCCUGCUGUCUAGUAAGAAGUGUUGCCGGUUGACUGUGUUGGAUAUUACUGCUGCCCACCACCAUGCCUGAACCAAAACCAUUCGAACGCCUUCCAGAGAAUGUGAAACCCACCCACUACAAAAUAACCCUCCAGCCAAACCUUGUAAAAUGUGUGUUUCAUGGCUCUCAAGAAGUUGAUAUUGAGGUUAAGGAGGCAACUAAACAGAUCAAGUUCAAUACCUUGGACCUGACCUUAAGAGACAUCAAGGUUAAAUUGUCGUCUGGUGAGGAUCUCGUUCCAGCCUCCACGGAGAUUUCUACCACAAAUGAGAUGGUCACGCUAACCUUCGAGGAAACUCUGCCCAUCGGAUCGGCCAAAUUAAGUGUGGCCUUUGAUGGGGAACUCAACGACAAGAUGAAAGGCAUGUACAGGAGCAGAUACACAUCGGCGAGUGGUGAGGAGCGCUACUCUGCCGUCACACAGUUUGAGGCAACAGAUGCCCGGCGCUGCUUCCCCUGCUGGGAUGAGCCAGCACUAAAGGCCACUUUUGACAUUACACUUGUUGUGCCGUGUGACAGAGUGCCAUUAUCUAAUAUGCCCGAGAUCUCACGAACGCCCUAUGAAUCAGACCCUAACCUGCAUGUGGUGAAGUUUGCCACGACUCCCCUCAUGUCAACAUACUUGGUGGCCGUUGUGGUGGGAGAGUACGACUACGUGGAGGACACUUCUAGUGACGGCAUCAAGGUUCGUGUUUACACUCCGAUGGGGAAGCAAGAGCAAGGGAAGUUUGCCUUGGAGGUUGCCACAAAGGUCCUGCCUUAUUACAAAGAGUAUUUCAACAUUGCCUAUCCGUUGCCUAAGAUGGACCUCAUCGCUAUUGCUGAUUUCUCCGUUGGUGCCAUGGAGAACUGGGGUUUAGUGACUUAUCGGGAAACUUGUCUCUUGGUUGAUCCCCACAACACCAGUGCCAGCCAGCGCCAGUGGAUUGCACUUGUUGUUGGACACGAACUUGCCCACCAGUGGUUUGGUAAUCUUGUUACAAUGGAAUGGUGGACUCAUCUGUGGCUGAAUGAAGGUUAUGCUACUUUUGUGGAGUUCCUGUGUGUUGACCACUUGUUCCCAGAGUACGAUAUCUGGACACAGUUUGUCACCAACACCUACAUCCGGGCGCUGGAACUAGACUGUCUCAAGAACUCACAUCCCAUUGAAGUACCUGUUGGUCAUCCAUCGGAGGUGGAUGAGAUCUUUGACGACAUUUCAUAUUCCAAGGGGGCUUCCGUUAUCCGCAUGUUGCACUCUUACCUGGGAGAUGAGGACUUCAGGGCCGGCAUGAAAAAAUACCUGACACGUCAUCAGUACGGCAACACCUACACAGAGGACUUAUGGACGGCGCUGAGUGAGGCGUCUAGUAAGCCCGUGGCCGAAGUAAUGAGCACGUGGACCAAACAGACAGGAUUCCCGAUGAUUUCCGUCGCCUCACACCAGGACGGAGACAACAGAGUCCUCACCCUCACGCAGCAGAGGUUCCUUGCUGAUGGAUCCACAGGAGACAACAGCCAGUGGAUGGUACCGAUCAAUAUCUCAACAGAGAAGAACCCAUCAAAGGCAGUGCAGGAGGUGUUGCUGGAGGGCAAGACAACACAGGUGGUGCUGGAAGGCAUCUCUGAAAACACUUGGGUGAAGUUAAACCCAGGAACUGUAGGAUACUAUAGGACACAGUACACCCCAGAGUUGUUGACUCAACUCAUACCAGCAAUGAGAACCAACUGCCUUCCACCUCUUGAUCGACUUGGUGUGUUUGAUGACCUGUUCUCUAUGGUACAGGCGGGUCACACCAGCACCGUGGAGGUACUAAAGGUGCUGCGGGCCUUCGAGGACGAGAGGGACUACACCGUGUGGUCUGCCGUCCACAACUGUGUAGCUCGCCUCAACCAGCUGCUCUCCCACACAGAGUUCCACCCCACCUUCGCCGCCUUCGUCAGGCACCUCUUCGCCAAGAUCGGACAAAAACUGGGCUGGGAGGCCAAACCUGGAGAGAAGCACCUGGACACACUGUUGCGGUCAUUAGUGUUGGGUCAGCUGGGUCUGUACGGUGAUGAGGCCGUCGUGGCCGAGGCCAAGAAGCGACUGGCUGCCCAUGUAGCUGCCACCACCACCCUGCCGGCUGACCUCCGUUCACCCGUCUACAAGACCGUCGUCUCCCAGGCUGAUGAGAAGACCUACGACCAGAUGAUAAAGCUGUACCGUGAGGCAGACCUACACGAGGAGAAGGACCGUAUCUCCAGAUCACUUGGUGCCACCCGCGACCCUAACCUCAUCCAGCGCGUCCUUCAGUUUGCCAUGUCGAAUGAAGUGAGGAAUCAGGACACCAUAUUUGUGAUCAUCAGUGUGGCCAUGACUGCUCCAGGACGCUCUGCUGCCUGGGCCUUCUUCAAGAAACACCAUCAGGAGCUUGUAGACAGAUACGAGGGUGGUUACCUGGUGACUCGUCUUAUCAAGUACAUCACGGAAAACUUUGCAACUGAAGAGAUGGCGGCUGAGGUGGAGACGUUCUUCCGAGAGCGACAGAUUCCUGGGACGGAGCGCACGGUGCAGCAGAGCUUGGAAACUAUACGUCUCAAUGCUGCAUGGUUGCAGAGGGAUCAAGAUGUCAUUAAGAAGUACCUUACCGACCUUCCACUCUAGAAACUUCGACAGUAUUUUCGCGUCAGUACUAGUUCAACUAUUAUUGAUUGUUAUUUUGACUGAAAUUAGCGUAAGUAAAUGAGCAAGAAAAAGAAAGUGUGGUCCUUAAAGUAUCUAUGCAGAUUAUGAAUAAUUACUCACAAGGCUGUUUAUGUUGAAACUGACUCACUACCAUUAAUACUCACUGGCUUGUAAGCUUUCAGUCAACAGUAAAAUGACUUUUAUUUUACUGUUAUAAUCCAUUAAUAAUCUUAGUUAACAAAUUAAGAGUGAACCUGCAGUAUAUGUUUUUGUAAUACUGCAUUGAAACAAUGUCUACUUUGUGAAACUGUAAAACGUACGUGAAAAACAGGAUGCCGACAUGUCUAACAAUGCAUUUUACCUUACUGCUGUUAUGGCUGAACCUUGUGUUUAUGCUAUUGGACAAUAAUGAAGCCCCAAGAUACAACUGGUGUACAAUAUUGGGGGCUCAAGGUACAACUGGUGUACAAUAUUGGGGGCUCAAGGUACAACUGGUGUACAAUAUUGGGGGCUCAAGGUACAACUGGUGUACAAUAUUGGGGACUCAAGGUACAACUGGUGUUCAAUCAUGUUGAUAGAAACAUUGUGCUCAAGAUGAAGUAUGACAAAGCACAUUACGCUUUAGGGUGGACCUAAUAUGUUCAAGGCAGACAUCAAUAGGACAUAAACCAUUGUAUUAUUAUACUUCUAAUGCACAGAAAUGAAAGUAAAACAAUAAACUGAAGAAAAAUUCAACGAGGAUAAAUCUAAUUUAAGAAGGUAAACCUACAUUAAACAUAUACAGUAUCUAGUAAAUUACAAGUUCAGAGUUAGUUUUUGUUCUUUAAGGUUGUAAAAUUUACAGGGAAUACUUGGAAUGAGGUUGUAAGAUUUUAUUCAGGCUCUUAAUCUAUAGCCGAAUGUAAAACUAAUAUACCUGUGUGUGAUGAUGUACCGUACAGUCAAAGAAAAAAGUCGCCUUACGCCCACCUACAGUAGUGUUGUUCUGAAACACAUGAUGAAAUUUGGGGGUAAAAUUUCCCAUCAGUUACAGUGAAGCCUCGAGUCUGAGCCACCUAAAUUAGUGUAACAUAACUGACUGAUUUCUUUGACUGUACAUGGACACUGAGAGGAUGAAGGGGACAAAGUGAGUAUGUGUGUGGUGAAAGACAGACAGAAGGUAUCAUGAAUGACUACACUUGCUGGAUAGUGGUAAACAAUGUUGGACAAGUGUAAGUUCACACAUGAAUUUAAGGAGUAGUAUUUUUUUUUGUUUCAUUACCAAGAAUAGGAUCUUGACAAUAUGAAGGGGAAGCCAAUCAUUAUUGUGUGUGGGUGUCACUUUUAUAGAACAAGUAAAUUAACCUAAAACUUGCUGCUAAUAAGUGUUAUGAUGCUACUCUUGGUACUGUAUUAGCUGUUUGUGUAAUGUUUUGUAUUUGUCACAGUUAUAAGGAUCAUUUUCAUUUAAUUCUGUUUUAAGAUGGUGUCCAGAAAACUCCUGAGAGGCAAUGAUAAAUCUAGGUGCCUGUUAGGAGUAUUUAUUUAAGCAAAACAAUGAACUAUUAAAUUGAACUCACUGACCAGAUGUGAGGUAACUUGUAAAUCAGUUGUAGACAUUAAAUAAGACAACACGUUAAUAACAAACCAUGAAAACUAAAGAUUAACAGACACAUAAUGUUUAGAGGAGCUGUAGUAAUCACUAAGGUAAAAAAGUGAGGGCAGGACACAUGUGAGGGACCUGAUGUCUUGUAAUGUUACCUUCAGUCCACACGAUUGAAGUGGAGGGAAUCGAGCUUAACCUACUAGUGUACUGUACUGUAUCCUAAAGUGAUUACUUGCUGACAGUUGUGAGUAAGUCCACCUGUUGGGCGCUGACCUGGUAUUUGUGAUCUUAUAUGAUGAAUUUUAAUGUUUUCUUAACUUUUAAAGCUUUGAGAAGUCAAAAUAAAUUUUUCUGAGAGUCUUUGUAACUCGGAUCUUUUUACUUGAGCUGUUUUUGCCCUGAUGUUCUUGAUAAUGGUUUACCUAAUGUGAUGUUUUGUACUCUCAGAUAAUUAUACUUUUUGUAUAUCUUUUCCUAUAGUUAGAUAAUAAGUGUUGUAUUUAGCUACACCUACCGUAUUUGGUUCAUUAGUAACACAAUGUUGCACCAUUUCUUGAAUGCCAUAAGAACUUUUGUUAAAAGGACCUGAAAGGUUCACAUACUGGUGUUAGUCCUAAGUGUGUCUGGCGUAAUGCAGUAGCCGUUUUUACUGAUGGGAUGGAAAUUUCGUAUUUUUAAUUUUUUAAGUGUGCUUUGACAGCAAGAUGAAGUCAAACUUAUGAUUUAAUUCUCGAUUACAAAAAAGGGAAAUUGAUUUGCAUAUCUAAUGCAGUGCAAUAUAAUUUUGAAUAAGGCAAUGCAAUAUAAUUUUUGAAUAAAUGCCAUAAAAUGUA